AUGGCAGCCGUCUCACCGGCAGAGUCCGCCUUAGUGGUCCUGUACUACGUCUAUCCGGCCGCUGUUUUCCUCUACUUCCUCGUCUCCUCUCUUGUCUCGGCUUGCACAGUGGCCGCCUCCAAGAAGAGCGAAAAUGGCAACCAGAACCGCCCCAGCCGCACGACUACUCUGUUGCUUUCCCUCCUCUGUAUUUUAACGUUCGUUGCUCAGCUAGCCGUGGUUGGUACUGAGGCAUUCCUGGCACGAGAGUGGCCUACGCAGGAUCACAUCAUCAUCGGACACUUGUCUUGUAUUCUGGUCUUUGGCAUUCACCUCAGCCGUUGCCUUGACCUUGAACAUGAUCCAUCAUACCCUUUUGUCGGCUCCUGGCUACUCGGUCUUCCAAGCUCGGAUGAGGAGCGUCAGCCUCUCCUCCCCAAGGACACGACAGCCUCGCCCAGCAGCCCCACUGGCCUGUCUCAACAUAGCCAGGAGUCCGGAUACGGAUCAACGCUCCAAGCUGAAGAGGAAGACACCGAGGAGGCUCCCGAGUAUAACUGGGAGCGACGUGAGAGGGAAGCCAAAGAAGCUAUGAAGAAGCGGCUUGAAGAAGGUGGUAAUUGGUUUGAGUACGCCAAAGGAUUCAAGAUCCUCUUUCCAUACGUUUGGCCAGUUGGCAACAUCGGUCUUCAGCUUCGUGCCGCGGCAGUGUGCCUGUGCUUAUUUGGUUCAAAUGCGCUUCAUUUGCUCAUUCCUCGCCAGACCGGUAUCAUCAUGGACAGUUUGAGUGGAUCUGACCAGACCAACCCUUGGCUCGCUGUCAUCAUCUUUGCUGCUCUCCGCUUGGCCGCCUCUGAAUCGGGUAUCGAGCUGGUUCGUCAAUGGCUCUGGGUCCCCGUCAAGUACUACUCACAUGACGCCCUGACGCGAGCUGCUUACUCGCACAUGAUGCACCUUUCGGCCGAUUUUCACGACUCCAAGAGCUCUUCGGACAUGAUGAUGGCCAUCUACGGAGGCAGCGCAGUUUCCAACGUGAUCGAGAACGUUCUGCUCUACGCUGUUCCCAUGCUCAUCGACAUGGGCGUGGCCGUCGUCUAUCUUUCCAUCACAUUUGGACCCUACGAAGGACUGAUUACUAUGGCAACAGGAGUCUUUUUCCUCCUCAUCGCCAGCAGACUCGUUGCCAACUCCAAGGCGGCAAGUCGCAAUCGUGUCAAUGCGUUGUACGAGGAACACUAUGUUCGACAGUCGGGCUUCCUUGGAUGGCAAACCGUCAGUGCCUUCAACCAGAUUGGCUACGAAGACAACCGUCAUGCUAAUGCAGUCACCAACCGCUGGCUUAGGGAGCAGCAAUACGUCCUCGGGUGGUACAUCUCUAUCGGAUUUCAGACCUUGGUGCUUACAUCUGGUCUUUUGGCGAGCGCCUUCUUGGCCGUCUACCGCAUCAGGGCUGGAAGCGCAACCCCUGGUCAAUUUGCUAUGCUUCUCAUGUACUGGGCUCAGCUGACAUCUCCCCUUCAAUUCUUUGCCAAGUUGGGUAAGAAUGUCAGUGACGACUUCAUCGAUGCUGAGCGGCUGCUUGACAUCAUGAGAACCCAGCCAUCUGUUGAGAACCAGAAGGGAGCUCGGCCGUUGAAGUUUGUUGCUGGCGAGGUCGAGUUUGACAAGGUUUGCUUCAGCUACGACAAACAGAAGGGCAUCAUCAACGAUGUAAGCUUUCACGUUCCGGCUGGACAAACGGUUGCAUUUGUUGGAGCCACUGGAGCAGGCAAAUCCACCCUAAUCAAACUUUUGGACCGGUUUUACGACGUUGGCGAGGGAUCUAUCCGUAUCGACGGACAGGACAUACGAGACGUUGAUUUGUUCAGUCUUCGUGAUCGAAUUGGAGUUGUGCCCCAGAACCCGAUUCUGUUUGACGACACGAUCAUGAACAACGUUCGAUACGGAAGAAUCACUGCGAGCGACGAGGAAGUGUUUGAAGCAUGCCAAGCAGCGUGUAUUCAUGAUAAGAUCAAGGGCUUUACCCAUGGCUACAAGACACGAGUAGGAGAACGAGGCGUUAAACUCUCUGGAGGCGAGCUCCAGCGCAUUGCAAUUGCCCGAGCAAUGCUGAAGAAGCCAGACAUCGUUUUGUUGGACGAGGCUACCAGUGCAGUUGACACAGACACUGAGCAGCAGAUCCAGGUAUCCUUCAAGAGAUUCCACCGCCUAUCAACCAUCAUGAACGCGGACCGUAUCAUUGUCGUCGAAAACGGCGAGAUCCUUGAGCAGGGCAACCACGACGAAUUGAUCGUUGCCGGUGGAAGAUACGCAGACCUCUGGUCGAAGCAGGUCUUUGUCCGAUCCAACGAUGAAGACAAGAACAACUCGGCUGGUCAAGCAGGAUUUGUUAACGACUUGUCCUCGGAGCAGACCAGAACAGAACUGUCAAAGGUCAACAAGCCCGCGCCAGCCGCCAACGGAGCAGCGGACUCGUCGAAGCCAGAGGCCAGUGGAGAGGAACUAACAUCAACCCCCAAGCGCAAGCAAGAGGGAACCCGGUUGAAUCCUGUUGCCGCCACGUUUACGCCACGGACGCUUGCCAAGGCCAGACAAACUUUCGCAACUGAGACAUCCGAGGAAUCCGAAGUUUCCGGGGCGCAGAGUGAAACGAUGGGCACGAGCCUACCCACCAGUCGUCAAUGGUCCGAUGAAGCUUUCAUCGCAGCUGUGGACCGUGCCCUGAAGAACCGUCCAGGCCAUGCCGAAGAUGAGCAUGAGAAGGCUGAGGUGGCGCCUGAAACGAGUGUGACCCAAGAUGAGGGCGUUCGUGCCCCAUCUUUUGAGCUCAAACUCCCAUGCUACUCUCGACGGGUCCAGUCCAAGAGCGAGCCAUCCCAAGUGUCGCAAACAUCGGAGGGUCAGUUGUCGGAGGGGAGAACCAAGGUCUCCGGUCGGUCACAGGUCUAUCGUCACGUCUCACUCCCUUCCAUGAAGAGUGGUGCAAGUGGCUCGCAAAUUCCCAAGCCUCGCGACCUAUAUCACAGCCAGCGCAGGGAGCUCCUCAGGCAAGGAGAAUUCGAUACCAAUGCGCCCAACGGCAAUGGACCUUCGGGCGGUGGCAAUGAACCCACUGUAUCCAGCCAACGUCGUGGCAACCGCGGGGGUCGACGAGGAAAAGGUUCCUGGUAUCGCGGCCGACGAGGCCGAGGAAGCUACCGAGGUGGUGCAGCUGGUACGCAAGCAGGUUAG